CCUUGAAGCAGAUAAUUUUAAUUGCUUGCAGGUAAAACUGAUAUAAUAAAGACCUGUACAGUUGAUACAAUUACAUUGUACCCAAGCUAUAGUGUGAUUUAUGAUGCAGCAGCCACCACUUUUGUGUUUUUAUGUAUAUAUUGUGUGUUUGUUCUCUGUAGGACAUAUACAUUCACAGUAUGUGUUCAAGACAGAGUAUUUUGAGGCAAAAUUAGACCAUUUCACAUUUCUGUCCAAUGCAACAUUCAAACUCCGAUACCUUGUCAAUGACAGUUACUGGUCUCCUGACACAAAUGCUCCAAUAUUCUUUUACGUUGGCAAUGAAGGUGACAUCACGUUGUUUGUACAGAAUACUGGUUUCAUAUGGGAGAUAGCACCUGAAUUUAACGCUCUUGUUGUAUUCGCUGAACAUCGCUUCUAUGGAGAAUCAAUGCCAUUUGGGAAUAAGUCAUAUGAUAAAGGAAAUAUUGGAUAUUUAUCAUCCUCCCAAGCUAUGAUGGACUAUAUAGACCUGAUCGCGGAACUCAGGCAUAACCACAAUAAGCAGUUCCCGGUGGUGUUGUUCGGGGGCUCGUAUGGUGGCAUGUUGGCAGCCUGGAUGCGCAUGACGUACCCAGCAAGUGUGACAGGAGCGAUAGCUUCAUCUGCACCGAUAUGGCAGUUCCCAGAAAUGACACAUUGUAACAGCUACUAUCGUGUCAUCACUUCUGCUUUCUCACGAGUCUCACCCAACUGCAGUGACAACAUUCGCAAGUCAUGGAAAACCAUUGAUGACAUCACGAAAACUGAUGAAGGCAAGUCAUGGUUGUCUUCCACAUGGAAUCUAUGUGAACCGUUACAGAGUUCAGAAAAUGUCACAACAUUAAGGGAUUACUUAGACAAUGUGUACGCUAACCUGGGUAUGGCUAACUACCCUUACCCUACUGACUUCUUAGCACCACUCCCUGGCCACCCUGUUAAGGCUGUUUGUAAACAUUUACUGGAAAAAGAUUUAGAAGGCAAGAAACUUCUAUCUGCCUUGUUUCAAGGUGUUAGUGUUUACUUCAAUUAUACAGGAAACGCUAAAUGCCUUAAUUAUGCAAGUGCUUAUCAAUCUUCUUUGGGAGACAGUGGGUGGAAUUAUCAGGCUUGUACAGAAAUGGUAAUGCCAAUCUGUACAGAUGGGAAACAUGACAUGUAUGAAGUUUCUGAAUGGAACUUUACUGAAUAUGCAGAAGAUUGUUAUGAAAAAUACGGAGUGAAACCUGAUCCUUCUCAUGUUAGAAAUUUGUAUGGUGGUAAACAUAUUAGCACAGCAACCAACAUCAUUUUCAGCAAUGGCGAGUUAGACCCAUGGUCUUGUUGCGGGGUACUACACAACAUGUCAGACACUGCCCAAGCUAUAGUGUUAGCUGACGCUGCUCACCACCUGGACCUGAGAGCUUCCAACCCGGCCGAUCCUGAGUCUGUUGUGGAGGCCCGCAAAUACUACCGGACUGUCAUACAGCAGUGGAUUUCUCAAUGAACUUAAUACUAAUUCUGUGAAAUAAAAUCAAGAUAUAAUAAAUUAGUUACUAAAAAUUAUGUUUUACUUACUCUGCUAUACAAAAUGAUGUCUUUGUAAUCCAAGAACUGAAUGAAUUGUUUUCAGGAACACUGGCAUGGAAUCAGUAGAAACAGUGGAUUACUGAAAUAUUUUAUAAAUCAAAGGGAAUUUACCAAGAAAUCCUAAUUGACUUUAAGCAAUCAAUACAUGCCAUAAUAUUGGUAAACAAAUUGCAUGAAAAUUUUAAUUGUUGUUAUAAUUUAUACGAAUUAAAAACAACAGUUGUAAUAAAAUGCAAGAUUCCAUUAGGGAAGUGUCAAAACAACCAAGCUAGUCACCGGCCUGCGUUAGUUGGUCCAGUUAGACAAUGACUUAACAUGUUAUUCUCUAGUUUUUUUUUUUGUUUUUUUUUGUAAACAAAAAACACACUUUCCUGGAAGGCUAAUAUUAAAAAUGGAUAAAGCUAAGAAACUUACUGUGUUAUUUAUUUGGACAUGGAUAGAUAUGUAGUUCCCAAGAAAUUCAUAAGAUUAGUACAGAAAUCCCAAUUUUAAUAUAUAUUGGCUUUACACAUUCUUUAUUUGGGCUAUUCUUUUGGAGUAUGUACAUGAGCGUGUCUGUAUGUGAUUUAAUUUUUAGCAAAAAUCGUAUUUUCAAACUGCAUUGCCAUUAUUACCAGACUGACAACAAUAAUCCAUUCAGAUCUCCAGUUUUUACAUCAAAGGUAAAAUAAAGCAUUUUUGGGCUUUUUUAGGGCCAGUCAAGAAAACCAAGUUUCCUUAUGAAAUUGUACGUAUUUUCUGUAAUUGUUUCUAAGUUUUUGACAAGAUUGAUUACAAUUCAUCUUUACUUGGUGGUAUAAAGUGAGAAUGUUAUGUAACUAAAAAUAAACACAGUCAUGAUUAACUAUUCUCUCUAGAUGGAUACAUUCUACAUAGAGAGUUAAGGUCAAUAUAAUCCUUAUUUCAAGGUUCAUAAAAAUGAAUAGCUUUAAUAUCUGAUCCUGAGUCUGUUGUGGAGGCCCGCAAAUACUACCGGACUGUCAUACAGCAGUAGAUUUCUCAGUGAACUUAAUACUAAUUCUGUGAAAUAAAAUCAAGAAGUAAUAAAUUCUUUACUAAAAA